AUGUGGCGGCCGCCAGCUACAGCCCCCGGCCCCGUGAGAAACCUGACGGUCGAGGCUCCGACCAACAGCUCCAUCAGCCUGAGCUGGGCAGUCCCCGAAGGCCCAGCCCUGCAGAACUACACCUACUGGGUCCAGUGCACUGCCGAGGGCACAGAGCAAACCCUGAACACCACGGACACCAGAGUCACGGUGGGUGGCCUGCAAGCCGGGACCUUGUAUGUGUGCUCCGUGUGGGCGGAGGAGGAUGGAAGUGCCACAGAACUGAAGACUCCCACAGAACUCGUGCUGCUCCCAAGGGGAGCAUCUCAGUGUGAACGAGCCGUGCCAUCGAGGCUCAGGAGCCCCGGGGAGCUCACAUCUGCCCUGCAGGGCAGUGCAGGCCCGGGCAUCCCACCUACACCUACUGAGUCCAGUGGUGGAAACACAGCUGGGAAAUUGGGGGACCGGAAACAGCAACUGGUUUUCCUCUCGUCCCAACUUUCAGCUCCCAACUCAGUCAGAAACCUGAGUGUGGAGGCUCGGGGCAGCAGCACCAUCACCCUGAGCUGGGAGGCCCCUGAGGACGGAGCUCCUGGGGGCUACACCUACGGGGUCCAGUGGACUGAAGGUGGAGACACGAAUGAGACCCGAGACACGGCAGACACCCAUUACACGGUGGAGGGGCUUACGCCGGCAUCCUGGUACGAGCUGUCUGUGUGGGCAUGGAAGAACAGGGUACCUAGCUCCAGGAGGACCCUCAGGGAGACCACAGCGAGGGUGCCCACGGACUGCCCGUCUGGCCUGCGCCCUGCUCACGAUGUUCUCCUUUCUAAUUUUGCAGCCCCCGGCCCCGUGAGAAACCUGACGGUCGAGGCUCUGACCAACAGCUCCAUCAGCCUGAGCUGGGCAGUCCCCGAAGGCCCAGCCCUGCAGAACUACAUCUACUGGGUCCAGUGCACUGCCGAGGGCACAGCGCGGACCCUGAACACCACGGACACCAGAGUCACGGUGGAUGGUCUGCAAGCCGGGACUUUGUAUGUGUGCUCCGUGUGGGUGGAGGAGGAUGGAGUUAAUAGUUCCUUGGAGACUCAGAAUGCUGGCACUGCUCCCAACUCAGUAAGAAACCUGUCUUUGGAGCGUCAGACCAACAGCUCCAUCAGCCUGACCUGGGAAGCCCCCGAGGGGCCAAGCCUUCAGGACUACAUAUACUGGGCCCAGUGCGCUGGAGACGGAUCCACAACUAAGGCCUGGAACGUGAGCAGCACCCAAGUCACGGCUGGAGGACUCGUGCCUGGGACUCUGUACGAGUGCUCCGUGUGGGCAGAGAGGAACAAAGAGCACAGCCUCGGGCAGACCCUCAGCGUCUCCACAGUCCCCAACGCAGUGACUGGUCUCAGCCUUCAGGACCAGACCAAUACCUCCAUCACCCUGAGCUGGACAGCUCCCCAGAGCCCUGCUUAUCCUCCCUACACAUGCAGGGCCUCCUGCGUCCAGGAGGGCACUGCUUCUGCAAUGACGCAGAACGAGGGUCCUGGAGGGUACUCAGCGGUAAGCCUCUAUUCUCAUCCCCCAGCUCCCAGUGAGGUCACAGAUCUGCAGAACAAAACUCAGACUAACGACACAGUCAGCCUGUGGUGGACGGCCCCUGCAGACCCCCAUGCUGAGCUCUACACGUAUCAGGUCCAAUGGGUCAGUGGAGGCCAUGCCCAGAGGGAGCAAGUUCCCCAAAGAGACCAGGGUAACCAGACUGACAAGACCAAUGAGACCCGGUACCGGGUGGAGGCCCUUCAACCUGGGACCCUGUACAACUUCAGUGUGUGGGCAGAGAGGAACGGCGCAGCCAGCACCACCCAGAGCCUCCGUGCGUCCACAGCUCCAGACUCAGCCACCAUCACCUCCUGCGUCAGCACCUCGGGGGGCUAUGGGGUCCUCCUGACCUGGUCCUGCCCCUCCGGGGGUUAUGAGGCCUUCGAGUUGGAGGUGGGCGGGCAGCGGCACAGACAGGACCGGUGUGGGGGACGCACGACCGUGUCAGGUCUCAGGCCAGCUCAGUCCUACUCAGCCACCAUCACCACCGUCUGGGAUGGAAAGAGGGCCUCGUCGGCAGCGGUGACCUGCCACACGGAGAGGGCCGGGGUCGUUGCUGGGGCUGUGGUGGGCGUCCUCCUGUUCAUCAUCCUGGUGACCCUGCUCGUUUUCUUCCUGAAGAGGAGGUGAGACUCAAGACAGAGAGAGAGAGAAUUUAGAAAGCAAGUCACCAGCUUCCCUGGGGACAUCUGGGCAGAGGACUUUGCCGACCACGUCAGGAGGAACGAGAGGGACAGCAACUGUGGCUUUGCGGAAGAAUACCAGCAACUGGGCCCGGAGGGCCACAGCCCGCCGCAGACGGUGGCUUCGGCUCCAGAGAACAGCGCCAAGAACCGCUACAGGAACGUGCUGCCCUAUGACUGGUCCCGGGUGCCCCUGAAGCCCAUCCCCGGGGAACCAGGCUCUGACUACAUCAAUGCCAGCUUCAUACCUGGCCUCUGGAGCUCCCAGGAGUUCAUUGCAGCCCAGGGCCCCCUGCCCCAGACCGUGGGCGACUUCUGGCGCCUGGUGUGGGAGCAGCAGAGCCACACCCUGGUCAUGCUGACCAACUGCAUGGAGUCUGGUCGGGUGAAGUGUGAGCAUUACUGGCCUCUGGAUGCUCAGCCCUGCACCCAUGGGUGCCUGCGGGUGACGCUGGUGGGUGAGGAGGUGAUGGAGGACUGGGCUGUGCGGGACCUGCAAGUCGUCCAUCUGGAGGAGAAGAGCACUCUGUCCGUGCGUCAGUUCCACUACCUGGCCUGGCCAGACCAUGGCGUCCCCCACUCCCCAGACCCCUUGCUGGCUUUCUGGAAGAUGCUCCGGCAGUGGCUGGACCAGACCGUGGAGGGGGGCCCGCCCAUUGUGCACUGCAGCGCCGGUGUGGGCCGCACGGGCACCCUCAUCGCCCUGGACGUCCUGCUCCGGCAGCUGCAGUGUGAGGGCCUCGUGGGGCCCUUCGGCUUCGUGAAGAGGAUGAGAGACAGCCGGCCACUGAUGGUGCAGACCGAGGCCCAGUACGUGUUCCUGCACCAGUGCAUCCUGCGGUUCCUCCAGCAGUCAGUCCCAGCCGCCCAGGAGCCCGCCGGCCACAGGACUGCGGGGCUCGUCUACGAGAACUCGGCCGCCAUCCGGGCCCAUGACCUAGAGGUCUAG